UCAUCAUCUUUUCAUCUUCAUCAAUAAAACAACCAAACCAAAUCCUCCACACAAUACCCUAACUUCUCUCUCUAAAAUCAGCUCAUUUCCCACUCUCUCUCUAAAAUGUCAAAGCAAACCUACAGUGUCUGCUUCUGCUUCAGAAGAAGGUUCAAAUUAGCAGUGGCAGAGGCACCAGAAGAGAUUAAAUCUUUGUUCAAUCAAUACUCUGAUAAUCAUGGCAUUAUGUCCGUUGAAAAUCUUCAGAGAUUUCUUGUUGAGAUUCAAAAACAAGAUAAUGCUACCGUUGAUGAUGCUCAAGCUGUUUUGAAUAGUCUUCAUGAGCUUAAAAUUUUGAAUAUUUUUCACCGCAAAGGGCUUCAUCUUGAGGCUUUUUUUAAGUAUUUGUUUGGUGAUAUUAAUCCUCCCAUUGAUUUUAAACGUGGGGUCCAACAUGAUAUGACUUGCCCACUGUCCCAUUAUUUCAUAUAUACUGGACAUAAUUCAUAUUUAACUGGGAAUCAACUCAGCAGCGACUGCAGCGACGUUCCCAUCAUACAAGCACUGCACAAAGGUGUGAGAGUAAUUGAAUUGGAUAUAUGGCCCAACUCCACAAAAGACAAUGUGGAUGUUCUGCAUGGCGGGACACUUACAACUCCUGUAGAACUAAUUAAAUGUUUGAGAUCCAUCAAGGAGCAUGCCUUUACUGCAUCAGAUUAUCCGGUUGUUAUAACUCUUGAAGAUCAUCUUACUCCAGAUCUUCAGGCAAAAGUGGCUGAGAUGAUCACUCAAACAUUUGGAGACAUCCUGUUUACUCCUGGAUCAGAAAGCUUAAAGGAAUUUCCUUCUCCAGAAUCCUUGAAGAAACGAAUUAUGAUAUCUACCAAACCUCCAAAAGAAUACCUUGAAGCCAAACAAAUAAAGGAGAGGGAGGGUGGUGAUUCACAGAGUGGGAAGGGCGGAUCCGAUGAAGAAGCUUGGGGGAAAGAAAUUCCCAACCUUAAAGGCAAAUUCAAAAGCGAUGAAAAGAAUGAAUUGGAUGAAGAUAAAAGCGAUGAGGAAGAUGCUCCCGAUGGAGACAAUAAGUCACAACAACAUAUAGCACCGGAAUAUAAGCAUUUGAUAGCUAUUCAUGCUGGCAAACCUAAAGGUGGAAUAGAAGAGUGUCUGAAAGUGGACCCUAAUAAAGUAAGACGUCUUAGCUUAAGUGAACCACAGCUUGAAAAGACUGCAGAAACUCAUGCAACACAAAUUGUCAGAUUUACCCAGCGAAAUAUACUCAGAGUAUACCCAAAGGGUAUUCGUGUAAACUCGUCCAACUACAACCCACUGAUUGGCUGGAUGCAUGGAGCUCAAAUGGUUGCUUUUAACAUGCAGGGAUAUGGAAGAUCACUUUGGUUGAUGCAAGGUAUGUUCAGAGCUAAUGGUGGUUGUGGUUAUGUGAAGAAACCAGAUCUUUUAUUGAAAGCUGGGCCACAUGGUGAGGUAUUUGAUCCUAGAGCUAAGUUGCCUGUGAAGAUAACAUUAAAGAUUAAAGUAUACAUGGGUGAAGGAUGGUACUACGACUUCCAUCGUACUCAUUUUGAUGCAUAUUCCCCUCCGGAUUUUUAUGCAAGAGUAGGAAUUGCCGGAGUCCCUGCAGAUACUGUAAUGAAGAAGACUAAAACACUGGAGGACAAUUGGAUACCUGUGUGGAACGAAGAAUUCGAGUUCCCAUUAACUGUUCCAGAAUUGGCGUUACUUCGAGUCGAGGUACAUGAGUACGAUAUGUCUGAAAAGGAUGAUUUCGGAGGGCAAACAUGCCUUCCCGUGUCGGAAUUACGACGGGGAAUCCGAGCAAUCCCACUCCAUGACCGUAAAGGAGUUAAAUAUAACAACGUAAAGCUCCUCGUUAAAUUCGAUUUUGUUUGAGACUGUUAAUGGUUUAUUUAUGAAGCUUCUUGAAAGUAUUUGAUGUUGUAAGCUAGUGUGCUGUUUUUUUAAUUCACAUUUUGCUGUGUAACAUAAUAAUGUCUGGCCUGCUUGUUUUGGGAAUUCACAGUAUAGUCUCUGUUGUAAAAGUGAUUAUCAAUUAUACAUUGUAAUUAUGAAGCUCUGUUUUCGUUCA